GGGCCAACCUGCUGUCGUGAAUUGCAGGUGCUGUUCCGGAAGCUGUACGGCCCCAUGUGGAAAUCCACCUUUGGGAAGUACAAGAACGUGAACAUCGGGAGCCCGGAGAUCCUGGAGCAGCUGCUGAGGCAGGAGGGGAAAUACCCCAUGAGGAGCGACAUGGCCCUGUGGAAGGAGCAUCGGGAUAUCCGGCAGCUGCCCUACGGCCCGUUCACCGAGGAAGGGGAACGCUGGUACCGUCUGCGCCAGGUCCUCAACCAGCGGAUGCUGAAGCCGUCGGAGGCCAUGCUGUACGCGGGGGCCAUCAACGAGGUGGUGUCAGACCUGAUGGUCCGGCUGCAGGCAGAGAGGGCGGGGAGCCCCUUGGGGGUCCUGGUGGGGGACGUGGCCAACCUGCUCUACAGAUUCGCCCUGGAAGGCAUCUCCUACAUCCUCUUCGAGACCCGCAUCGGGUGCCUGGAGCGGGAGAUCCCCGCGGAGACGCGGCGCUUCAUCGACGCCAUCGGCCUCAUGCUGAAGAACUCCAUCUUCGCCACCGUCGUGCCCCAGUGGAGCCGGGAGCUGCUGCCCUUCUGGAACCGCUACCUGGAGAGCUGGGACACCAUCUUCGCCUUCGGCAAGAAGCUGAUUGACAGGAAGACGGAGGAGCUGGAGGGGCGUCUGGAACGAGGCGAGCAGGUGUCGGGCUACCUGAGUUACCUGCUGGCCAGCGGCAGGCUGACGCCGGAGGAGGUGUACGGCAGCGUGGCCGAGCUGCUGCUGGCCGGCGUGGACACGACGUCCAACACCUUGUCCUGGGCCCUCUACCACCUGGCCAGGGCCCCAGAGACCCAGAUCUCCUUGUACCAGGAGGUGAACAGUGUCGUGCCCAGAGAGCGGAUCCCUGGUGCCGAGGAUCUCGCCAAGAUGCCGCUGCUCCGGGCCAUUAUCAAGGAAACGCUCAGGCUGUACCCCGUGGUCCCCACCAACGCCAGGGUCAUGGUGGAGAAGGACGUCGUCAUUGGAGGCUAUCGCUUCCCGAAGAACAUCGCCCGGACGUUCGAGCUGCGGCCGGACCCCCAGGGCACGGAGGUGAAGUCUGUCUCCCGCAUUGUCCUGGUGCCCAACAAGCCCAUCAACCUGCAGUUCAUUGCCCGGCCGCCGGCCCCCUGAACGCGCCCACCCUGCAUUGCUCCUCCCACGCCCUGGCCAGGGCACCGUGCGAGUCCGCCCCUCACCUGGGCCUGCCGGGCAGGACGGGUCUGCCCUGGGCCCGGCUCUCUCCCCGUCAGGCCCUGGUGACGGCAGCUGCCCACGGGUCAGGCUGGAGGUGGGAUCUCGGCUGGCGGGGGCGGGGCAGCCGUGGGAUCUCAAUGUAGCUGGAAUCAGUGGGUGUUCCUGGGCCUGUCGCUCUCCAACGUUACGGGGGGUUGAACAGCGUCUGGGGAUCUCACACCACCCCGAAGAGCAGCUUGCCCCCCUCUCCCUCGCCCUGAUCUCCCCCUGCCCCGGGGCUGCCCGUUCCUGGCUGGGGGAGUGCAGGGCUGGGCGGAGGGAGGGGUUGUGGGUUUUGCCCCCAGGGAGAAGCCCCAAUGUGCCCCCGCUGCUCUAGCGCCACCUAGGCCCUCCCCGCUGUCAUAAACAUACAGCUCCGGGGAGCAUCAAAUCCCUCCUUUACCUGUAAAGGGUUAAGAAGCUCAGAUAAUCUGGUUGGCACCUGACCAAAAGGACAAUAAGGGGAGACGAUCCUUUCAAAUCUCGGGGGGAGGUUUUUGUUUGUACCUCUUUGUGUUUCUCUCCCGGCCAGACGGACCAGGGCAGGAAAAAAACCUCUCUUAAACCCCUACCUGAAAUAAGCAUCUAAGAUUACAAACAGUGUAAGUAAGGCAAGGAAAUGCGUUCGAUUAUCUUUUGUUUUAGCUUGUGAAUUUUCCCUAGGCUAAGAGGGAGAUUUAUUCCUGUUUUUUGUAACUUUACAAUUUUGCCUAGAGGGGAAUCCUCUGUGCUUUAAAUCUUAUUACCCUGUAAAAUUAUCUUCCAUCCUAA